UGCUUCACAAGAGCACGGGUAGGGAGUUGUAAACUGCAUGCACGAACACAGUUUCUCGUCCAAAGCCAGGAGAGGGAGGGGGUCGUUGUAUGUACCUUUGUUGACUCGCAUCCGCAGCCAAACAGGGGCAUACAGUGCCUCCCGCCUGCCACGCCUUUGCUUUCUCUCUCCGACUACCAUCCUCUUGAGUAUUGGCCUGCGGGUCAGAGUUCGGGUCUUCGUCCCCCCGCCAUGCGCGUACCUCAAGAGCUCGUGGAUGAGAUCAUCUCUCGCGUCGAAUGGCGUGACUCGGAUAUGGCGCAUCUCGUACGCCUGCUGGAAGCGUCCGCGCCCGUCUUCUCUGCGCAGAUCUGCGCGAACUUGCGCGAGCAGCCUGUGGACUUCAGCGUCGACAAUUUCCGCUCAUUGUCGACUAUCUCUGCGAUCUGUCCUGAAGCGAUGGACUCCGUUUGGCAUGUUACUAUCGAGAGAGAACGGAACCAAGCCCACACGCAUCACCGGGAGGAGACGUAUCAUCAAGAGGAGGCGUAUCACCGAGAGGAAAUGGCACCCCAGGAGGAAAAGUAUCACGAGGAGGAAACAGGGCUGGCCCGCCUGCUCGACGCCUGCUCCUGUCUUCGCAGCCUCGCAAUCGAUUUGAACAUGCAAGGGUGGCAGGAGGGGCUGCCAUACGCGGAACAGAAAGAAGCUAUCUAUCUUGCUAUGCAGCGUCCGACUCUCCAAAGGUUCUCCCUAUCUCACACGCGUCUCGGGGAGGAGGAUGAGGCGCGAUUUCGGGCAUUGAGGAUUCCGGUGGGCCUGCGUUCCGUUAGGCUCCGCAUGAUUGUGACGUUCGAGGCGUACGCGGCGGAGGUAGACUCGGAGGUGCCGACGCCAUUUCCAGAGCUGCGAGAGCUGGCUUUCGAUGAUUGCUGCGUCAACUUCGUGUGCAUGAUGGGGCUUGCGUCGUGCUGCUCGCUGAGCACGAUGGAAUACUGUGCGGAUGGCAACAUACACGAUGACCAUCUCACCGCACAGCUCUUGCGCGCGAACGCGCAUUUACAACAUCUGACACUAGGGACCGUCUCGGGGCCCUUCUCGCGAUUUCCCAAGUAUGACUUGUCGCACAUCCGAGCAGUGCGCUCGUUGACCACCAUUCUCGAGACGCGCGUGCAUGGGAGCGCCAUCGAGAACGUUGCUUCGACCAUCAGGACGAUUCGUGACGUCGGAUCCCUCGAUACCUUCACGCUGAUGAUUUCUUUCAACGGCGAGAGAAAUGUAGUAGAUCUACCGCAGUGGAUUGCUCUGGAGGACGCUCUCCUGGGGCCAGACGGUCGCGCGCCUCGCCUCGUCAAUGUCCGACAGCGUAAUUAUACAGAAUGCGUUUCCGCGGAGGAUCAGGUGCAUUUUCAGAAGACGAUUCAGCGUUUCCUAUCGAGGCUGAACGAGCGGGGGAUACUCGAUGUGAUCCCUUGAGGCUCGCCAAGCCUUCGUGCAGGGCAUGAGUCAUUAGAAUUGCGCGGGAAGGUGUACAUGUACAAGACGGCUCUAUCUGCGGCGACAGGUGUCGAAUGACUUCACGACCAUUGCGCUGCUGGGAGUCAGCGCCUCGCG